AUUUUGGAUAUUGCCCAGUUGCAUUACAUUGAACUAACUUGUUGCUCCGGCGCUAUUGCCCUGGACGCUCCGAGCCGCCACGCCAUGGCGAGUUUGUUCCUGCCGUGUCUCCUGCUGUUUGUAUCAGCGCGGACGGUGCUCUGCUCCGGGGUCUUUGAGUUGAAGAUCGACUCCUUCACCAGCUCCCGCGGCGUCUGUCGCCACCAGCCCCGGGACUGCCGGAUCUUUUUCCGCGUAUGUCUCAAGCACUCACAGGAUGUUAUCAGCCCGGAGCCGCCGUGUACGUACGGCUCCGCGCUCACCGAGAUCUUUGCUGCCGACUCCAACUCCAUCUCCGAAAGCGCGCCCAUCAGAGUGCCCCUGCUCUUCAAGUGGCCGGGAACCUUCUCUCUGAUCGUGGAAGCCUGGAGCGUGGAGUCUCUAGGAACCAACUCUACAGAGAACAGGAACAGCCUCAUCAGCCGACUGGCGACCCGCCGCAGCCUGAUUGUUGGGGAGGAAUGGUCGCAGGACGUGCACUUUGGCAACCAGAGCGAGUUCCGUUACUCCUACCAUGUGGUGUGCGAGGAGUACUACCACGGCAAGGCCUGUGCCACCUACUGCCGGCCCCGAAACGACACCUUUGGCCACUACACCUGCGACAGUGAGGGGAACUACCAGUGUCUGGAGGGCUGGAGUGGAGAGUACUGCGCUGACCCCAUCUGUGCAGCGGGCUGCAGUAAGGAGCAAGGCAUCUGCAAGUCUCCCGGGGAGUGUGUGUGCAAUCAUGGCUGGCAGGGCGAACGCUGCGACCAGUGCACCCGACACCCCGGCUGCCUCCAUGGGACCUGCCAACAACCCUGGCAGUGCAACUGCAAGGAGGGCUGGGGAGGCCUGUACUGUGACCAAGACCUGAACUACUGCACCAACCACAAGCCGUGCCAGAACGAGGCCUCGUGCACUAACACCGGCCAGGGCAGCUACACCUGCACCUGCCGGCCCGGCUUCACUGGCAAAAACUGUGAGACUGAGACCAACGAAUGUGACAUCAGCCCCUGCAAGAAUGGCGGCAGCUGCAAAGAUUUGGUGAACGAUUAUUCGUGUGCCUGCCCUCAGGGCUUCUAUGGGAAGAACUGCGAGAUCAGCGCCAUGACGUGCGCAGAUGGGCCUUGUUUCAAUGGAGGGACUUGUGUGGAAAACGUGGCGGGUGGGUAUAGUUGCCGCUGCCCACCCGGCUACACGGGCUCCAACUGCGAGAAGAGGAUGGACAGAUGCAGCAGCAGCCCCUGUGCUAACGGCGCUCGGUGCACGGACGUUGGUAACGGAGUCAUGUGCCGCUGUCAGCCAGGCUUCACUGGGUCUCGCUGUGAGAUCAACAUUGAUGACUGUUCUGACAACCCCUGCCGCAAUGCCGGCACCUGCAUCGAUGGCAUCAAUGACUUCACCUGUAAAUGCACUCUUGGCUUCUCCGGUAAGGACUGCUCCGUGCGCACCAGCCCCUGUGACCAGUUUCCCUGUGGCAACGGUGGCACCUGCUACACCCACUUCUCGGGCCCGGUGUGUAAGUGUACACCAGACUUCAUGGGUGCACGCUGUGAGUAUCCUGUCAUGCACCCCGGGCCAACUACAAAGCCACCUGGGAAUGGUGAUUCUCCUCCUGCGCUGGUUGCUGCUGUUGCCCUCGGCCUGGUGACGCUGAUUCUGCUGAUGUGUGCCGCCAUCCACAUGCUGCAGAAGCUUUGCCGAGGAAGGGCCCUAACAGCCAUUUCCAUGUCGGUCAAGAAUGACCUGGACAGGGUGAACAACCGCAACAUAGUGAUCGGUGGCGUUGGACCCAAUAACGGGAGUUUACCAGGAGCACCGCUGGGCAGCCUGAGAGAGAAGGAGGCCCUCCUCAUCCCUGGAGGACAACUUAAAGUGUCCAAUAAGGACGCAGCACUGACGGACAAGUGUGGAGACAGCAUGGUUAAAAACAAAAUGGCAGAGUGUAACCUGGUGAAAGAAGAGCAGCAUCUGGCCAAGGACAAGUUUGACUUUAAGAAGUGUGACACGUCCAUCAUCAUCCCUCCCCUCAGCUUUUCAAAGGACAAUUUGUAUCACCCAGUGUUCAUCAUCCAAGAGCAGAUGGGGCAGUGUGUGUUUGCUACUGAGGUAUAACAUCUAGUCUCUAGAUCGUCAGUGCAGAAAACUUUACACUGGAGGCCUGAAACGUUCCCCGUCCAGGACAACUCGCCCAGAGGAUCUAUUCAACACACCUGACUUUAUUUAUUAUUUAUUGCUGCUGCUCAACUAAAUGAAACAUAAGGAAAAGACUUGUUUUCUACGCUUUCCUGCUUUGAUACUGACAAUGUUUGGAUGAAAAUGAAUUGGAAAAGAAAGAAGAGCAAUGGAGAAAGAAAGAAAAGAGGAGAGACUGAAUGUCCGGCGCCAUUUGCACUAUUUAUCUUUUUUAUACUUUAAAUCCUAAUAUAAUUUUUCAUUCUGUAUAUCUGAAUGUUCCUUGGCUCAAACAUGAACAAGUGGCGUGAAGAGUUGGAAUUAAUCCUCCAGUCGGGAAGAUCGGUGCCUUAGCUGUGCUCCCUAAUCGUCAUGGCGCCCAUUUCCUGUACAAUUCCAAAAUAAGAUGUCGAUCAAUUCAUCAGAGGACCCGCUGACAGGAAGGGGAGGCAGAAUGUUUUACUUUUGAACACAAGCCUUUUGUCUGGAAGGUGAACUGGACUGUUUGUGAGCGACUUUAAAGAUCACAUCAUCCAUUUGAUUGUAUGUUUUGGUUUGUUUGGAAACGCAGCGUGGCCUGUUUAAGAUGAAUGACAUCAGCCUUACAGUCACCGUCCUAUCCUACAAACUCUGAAGUGCCUCUUUGGAUAAGACGAGCUGCAGUAAAGCAAGAAGUCAGUGAGAGUUUGUGGCUCAUGUUCAGACCCUGUCCUUAACCCAUUCAGAUCCACUGGAACCUGUUGGCAAGGUUUCAAAUCCAGUCUUGGUCCCAGUUCUAAUAACCAUUAUCUCCCCAGUCCAGGAUCCUAAUUCCACUCUCACAUGGGGGGUUAGUACCGGUAUCAGCAGUCAGCUGCUCCAGAACGUCCUGCCAGCUGAGCCAUAGUCAUCAAAUCAGUUUCUCUGUUUGUCUUCCCGUGACUUUGCUUGCUUUUUACUCACUGUUGUAAGUUUUACAAUUUGAUAUUUUAUUUUCUUCUUCUGUUGCUUUAGCAGCCAGAAAACAAGGAGCAGUAAAACCUGCUGCUGUUCUGCAACAUUCCCAAGAUUCGAGCCUUGGAGCGUUUCAACACAGUCACAGCUCGGGCUGUUUUCUUUAGUGGGAAGAAACAAAACGUUAACACCAGCAAAGAACUCAGAGAGUUUUUAGUCCCACUUUUAAUCCAUUUGAUACCAAAAAUGUGUUGUUCCUGUGUAGGUGUGUGUUCGUUAAUUUAAGAAAACAAUGCAAUGUGUACAUACUCUCCAGAAGACAGCUUCCUUAUUUAAUUUUUCCUUUUGUAAAUAAUUUUGUAUUUAUGAAAGAAAAUUGCAUAUAUGUCCAUGUUAAUGUGCCUAAUGUCGAAGUCGGAAUCAAGAAAUAU